AUGGUCGACUCAGUUUUAGGAUUACCAGACCUCGGUUUUUAUGACUGGAUAGGUCUUUUAUUCCUCUUAGCAGCAACUGUUUAUUGGUUUGGCGUCUCUAGAUACACUCUAACAAGUCAUGUCUGCCUUCCGGGACCGAAGCCUUGGCCUUACGUCGGAAACCUACUCGAUGCUUCAAAAUAUGAUGGUCUGCACAACGCUUUCUUAGCAUAUACCGAGAAAUAUGGCAAGGUUUUCAAGAUGUACAUGGGCAGAGAUCCCAUUAUAGCCGUUGCCGAUCCUGAAAUUCUGAAGAAUCUUUUGGUUAAGGAUUUUCAUAAGUUCAGGAACAGACCAGAUUUUCUAGCCGGAAGACCACCGCUCAGCAAAGGUUUGUUUGGUGCAAGAGAUAAUGAUUGGAAACGAGUCCGCUCUAUCCUUACACCGACGUUCAGCUCGCUUAAGAUGAAAGAAAUCGUACCUAUAAUCGAAGAAGUAGCCGGAAUUAUGGCGUCAAAGUUCGAAAAUUUAGCAAACGAAGGUCAGUGCAUAACGCCGAUAUCACUGGUAAUAGAGUGGUCAAACGUCUGUGCAUGUGCGAUCUUGUAGAGGCUAGGUGCCGUACUUUUAUAUUGUCAAAACCAAGUUUUCUCACAAACAACCACACAAGUAAGGAAACCGCGGUGUUUGAAACCUUAUAACUAUUUUCGUAAAGCUAAAAAAAUGGUAAAUCAGUCGGAAACCCGUAAUUAAAUAACAUUUCUGUCAUAAGAGUCUCGAUUUUUCCUUAUCCUUCCUUCUGUUCCCUUUUACGGAUUUAGAGGAAGUCGUUAAUGCUUUAUUUCGCUUAUUUGGCGUGACAAAGCCAAUGCGCAUACCCUACAUUCAACCGCUGUAUUGGUACCGGCAUACUCGCAAACUUGCGACGGAGUUGAAUCUCAAUCAGAAGAGGUAAUAAUACUCUUAUCGAAAGCUUUUAAAACCUUUACGAGAGAUCGUUUCUAACUUUCGAAAGUAUACCUUACACGAUUUUAAUUUAGAUGCCACAAUCUUCUGCAGAUGGAAGUGUGGAUGUGUCUACUCCUUUUUCUCAAUUCACCUUGGACGUAAUUCUAUCUGCUGGAUUUGGGCUUAAGUCGGACGUGCAAACCAACCCCGACUCAGAGCUUUUGAAGAAAGCAAUGACAGUGUUCAUCGUACCAGUGUAUGUACGAGCACUGUCCAUGUUUCCUUUCUACCGCCAUUUAAGAAAAUUCAUCGACCUUAAUCCUAUCCAGCAUGUGGACUACUUCGAGACACUAGCAAGGGGUAUAAUGAAGAUCCGACGAAAUGGUUCAUCUGGACGCAAGGAUCUUGUCCAGCUCAUGUUAGAGGCGCAAGAAGUGGUCAACAACAAUGAAAUCAAAACUUUGACGGAAGAGGAGAUCGUAGCCCAGUGCAUAACGUUCUUAGUGGCGGGCGCAGAAACAACAGGGUCUACAUUGGCCAUGAUUGCGUACCAUCUCGCUUCUUAUCCAGAGGUUCAAGACAAGCUGCUGCAAGAAAUUGACGAAGCUACACGUACACGUGGUAAUUUGUCAACUUACGAGUUCGUGCAAGGCCUCGAGUAUCUCGAUCGAGUCCUUUCUGAGGUUCUACGAUUGUUUACAGUUGGUUUCGUAAAUGUUCGUGAGUGCAUGGAGAGCUGUGUAAUAAACGGAGUGGAAUUCCCUGCUGGUGUCAGCGUGUAUAUUUUGUCAUACUGUGUCCACCGCGAUCCUCAUUUCUGGCCCGAGGUAAAAAUAGAAUAUAAAAAUUCAUUAUAGUCUCUUUCAGUUGAACAAUUCAUUAAAUUACUAUGAGACUCCUUUCUCUCCUAUUUCCUUGCUACCCAGAGAUAGAAGCGAGUAGCAGCAAAUUGUCCUGAAACAAACGCAAAGUUGCCACAGAAGACAAAAGACCGCAAUUAAUAUCCCAAGGAGGGAUAGGCUUAGUAUCCUUAGACCAAAAUCCAAAUUAUCGCCGCUGCCAAUUCUGCUCAGAAAUUAUCAAUUUAGCAGGUAAAGUAUAACGCUAAUGAACUGUCUAUGUCCGUUUCUUUUGUAGCCAGAGAAAUUCGACCCAGAUCGUUUUCUUCCAGAAGUGGCUGAAAAGCGCCCGACCUUCUCCUAUUUACCAUUUGGCCUGGGUCCCAAGCAAUGCCUUGGAAUAAGAUUGGCUAAACUCGAAAUAAAGACAGCCAUGGUUCAAAUUUUACAAAAGAUGAAAUUUGAAAGGGGAGUCGAUUCCACCGUCUCUAUUCGGUUGCACGCUUCCACCAUUUUAGGGCCCGUCGAGCCAAUUCGUGUCAAAGUCGUGGCUAGAUCACGUAAUGGGCCUUGA